GCCUCGCCUUCCUCGAUAGCCCGGCAACCGGCCUCCACGGACCCACUGCUGCCGCCCAAAGAGGUGAUGUCUGUGAUGCAGUGGGUCUUGAUCCAGAGCCGGGAUAUGAAACCGGGGACCCUGGAGUGGUGGACGGACCCUUUGUCGGACAACCACGCGAGGAUGGAAAGCGAGCUUCGGGAGCUGCAGCGCUAUGUGGAACACGGCUGGUGCUUCCCACGCGACAACUUCCAGUUGCCAUGUCGCAGCGCGGCACCCUUUCUUCUCCGCUGGCUCGGGGUGCUCCCGGAGCCCAUUGUGCCUCCCCAGGCCAUCCAGGCCAUCCAGGGCUUGAACGCCGAGCUGACGGACGAACGGCGCUCCAAAAGAGGGCGGCUGCUGCGGGAACUGAAGGAGUUGCCCAGGGUCGUGCUGCUCACCGUCCUUUGCUUCUUCGGCCAAAUCAGUUCCCGACAUGGCAGCUUCUUUAGCGACUUCCCCGCCCGGUUGGCCUGUGCUUUGACGCAGCAGGCACCAGCUCCCGAGAUGGCUUUGUGGCUUAUCCACGUGCUGACAGAAGAGGUGAAGGCGGAACGGCGCUUUCCUCCUUUGCAGACCAUUGGUGCCUACUC